CAAAACACAAGAAAAGUCAGUCAACCCGGUGACACGGUCCAUUGUCAACACGCAAGUUGCUCCAAAAAUAAAAAAAAUAUAUAUCAUUUUAUCAUUUACGUUUAUAUAAAUAUUUCUGUGUUUAUAACAAUCAAUUUUUUAUAAAUAAUAAAUGUGUUGAGUGUUUGUUUGACAAAAAAUCAAACAGUGAUAACAAGUGAGUCUUGAUAGAAAUAAAAAUAAAAAAAAAAUGUAGAACUACAAAUAAAACAAAUAGAAAAAAAAAAAAAAAAAAACAAAAAAAGUUAAAGAUUUAAAUAAAAUUCUAUAUUGUUAUUAUUUAUUGAUAAAAUAAUAUAAAAAAAAAAAAAAACUAGAGUUGUUAAAUUAGCUUUUUAAUUAAAAUAUUUUUCAAUUUUUUUUUUUUUUUUUCAUUUUGCAUUAAAAGAUACAGGUUGUUAUUAACAUCCACGUGUUUAAAGUGUGUGUUAAAUGUGAUUGUGUUGUAUCUAGUCUCAAGGAAUUCAACAUAAAAUAAAAUAUAAAUUUUUUUUUUAAAUAAGAAGAAGGUCAAAAAAAGAGGCAAAAAAACCGUAAAAAAAAAUUUAAAAAGUGUGGUGUAAUAAAGUUGAAGGAGAAAAAAAGUAGACAGUAAAAAUUUUGUAUCGAAGAAGAAAAAAAAAGGGAAAUAAAAUAAAAUUGAGAUAAAAAAAAAAAAUAAAAAAAUAUAAACAUCAUGGAGGAUGAGCUACGUUGUCCUUCAUGUAAGGAAAUAUUUAGUGAUCCAGUAUUAUUGCCAUGUUGGCAUGCAUUGUGUUUAUCAUGUGCUGUUAAUAUACAAGCACCACCAGAUUCACCACCAGAAUCAACAACAGACUCAUCAAAUCAACAAAAUUUUGAUCAAGAAGCUGAUAAAGUAUCAAUAUUAUCAGAAACAGAUUCUGGUGUUGUUUGUAGUAGCACAUCAAAUAGUUCAAGACCAGGUAGUUAUGUUGGAACACCUGGUAAUGGUAAUUGUUUUCCACCAUCUGGUGGAACUCUAUGUCUAUCAUGUCCAGUAUGUAAUAAAACAGUUUAUUUUGAUGAAGGUGGUGCUAAUAAUUUACCAAAAUAUAAAGCAAUGCAAAGAAUCAUUGAUAAAUAUCAUGAAAAUAAAAAUAUACGUUUAAAUUGUCAAAUGUGUGAAGGUGAACCAAAAGAAGCUAUUGUUGCCUGUGAACAAUGCGAGGUUUUAUAUUGUGAUGGUUGUCGUGAAUCAUGCCACCCAAAAAGGGGACCCCUUGCAACUCAUAAUUUGGGACCACCACGUGCCAGCUGGCAGUCAAAUACAAUAAAAGGAAAUAGACAAAUGGGGCCUGAUGGUACUUCAAUAUGUAUUGAUCAUAAUGGUGAAAUAGUCACACUAUAUUGUGCAUUAUGUAAAAUUGCUGCUUGUUCAAUGUGUCUACGUGAUCGUCAUGCAGCUCAUCAUCAUGAUGUUUUACCACUUGCUGCUGCUUGUAAAGCACAAAAGACGGAAUUGUCGCAAAAUUUGCAGCAGUUGUCAGAACGAGCCCGCUCAACGACAGAAUUCAUCCAACGACUCAAAGGGAUGACGGAUAAAGUGCAUGAAGAAUGUGGAUCACUUGAAGAAGAAGUUGAAGAACGUGUUGCUUGUUUAUUAAAUAUGCUUCAAUCACGUAAAUCACGUUUAAUUGAAGCUGCACGACAAACACGAGAUGCAAGAGUUAGAUCCCUACGAGAUCAAGUACAACGUUGUGCAAGCCAUUUACAAUCAACAACAGCAUUAUUAACAUUUUGUAUUGAAGCAUUAAAAGAAAAUGAUAGUUCUGCCUUUUUACAAAUUGGUGGUAUGUUAUCAGUCAGAGCAGCAACUGCUGCUGGUUCAUGGGGUGCUGCUGAAGGAGUACAAGAAAUGGCACGUUUACCACUUCUUGAUUUAACACUUGAUGAUAAACCAGUUAGACGUGCCAUUGAUCAGCUUACCUUCGUACAGCUGAAACGUGAGUCCACAUCUGAAGGAGAGGAUCGAUAUCCAACUGCAGCUCCAGGUGCACCAGUAUUAAUACCAGAAGAAUGCAGUGCUGAAAAUAACAGUGUAACUGUAGCUUGGCAACCACCAUCGGGUCAUAAUAUUAGUUGUGGUCAACGUGGUCCAGCAAUUGAAGGUUAUCUCUUGGAACUUGACGAUGGAUGUGGUGGUGAAUUUAGGGAGGUUUAUUGUGGCCGUGAGACAAUUUGCACUGUUGAUGGACUACACUUUAAUUCUUUAUACAAUGCUAGAGUACGAGGAUUUAAUAGUGCUGGUGAGGGUGAUUAUUCAGAACUCAUUGGUCUUCAAACAGCUGAAUUGGCUUGGUUCUCCUGGGCUUCUGGUGCACCAAGUAUGCCCCAAGAGGUUUCAAUAUCUGAGGAUGCAAUGAGUGCAUCAUGUGAAGGAUAUGAACAUCGUGUUGUUUUAUCAAGCAUUGGUUUUUCACGUGGUGUACACUAUUGGGAAUUAACUAUUGAUCGUUAUCACAGUGAUACUGAUCCAGCAUUUGGUAUUGCACGUGCUGAUGUAUCACGUGAUAAAAUGUUAGGAAAAGAUGACAAGGGUUGGAGUAUGUAUAUUGAUCGUCAAAGAUCUUGGUUUAUGCAUGGUGGUGGUCAUGCACAAAGAACAGAAGGUGGUGUACAACAAGGUACAACAGUUGGUGUAUUAUUGGAUCUUGAUACAACACAUACACUUAGAUUUUUUGUUAAUGAUCAACCACAAGGUGGUAUUGCAUUUCGUGAUUUAUAUGGUGUAUUUUAUCCAGCAGUUAGUCUUAAUCGUGGUGUUAGUGUUACAUUACAUACAGCAAUUGAUACACCACGUCAUUUACUUGCAUUACACGAUGAAUAUAUUAAUGAUAUUGCACAAAGCUAGGGGUAUCUUAAUGUCCUGAAAAAGGGCCUGAUGCAAUUUCAGGAAAAUGAUAUUUAUGAUUAUAAUAAAAAUAAUAAAGAACAUCAAAUUAUUGAUGGACAUGCUAAAAUACUUGAAAAAAUUAUUGAAGAAGGAUCAGAGUAUAUUGUUUAAUAUAUUUCAUGUAAUUUAAAUUAUCAUGAUGCAUUUUUUCAAACUGCAACAAAAAAUUUAUAAUAUAUUAGGCAAGUCGUUAAUAAUGUCUAUCAAAUAAUAUCAUGAUAAAAAUAAUUGUACUUUUUUAUAACAUGUUUAUAAAUAUGCUUUUGGAAAUGAAAUUAAAAUUUAUUAAUUGUAUUAUAAGGAAGAUCACAACUUGCUGGUAUCACACAUUCGCUUUGAGCUAUAACAAUUUUAAGACUGAUACUUUUUUUUUUUUUUGUUUUUCAUGAAAAUGGGUAAACUUAUGAUAAUUUUUUGAACUGUUUUCUCUUAUUAUUUUUCAUUGAUUAAAAUUAUUUUUUAAACAAUAAUAAAUAAGAAUUUAAUAAAAAAAAAAAAAAGCCCGGAUGCUCUUGAAAUAUUUAAAAGAUUUAUAUUAAAAAUAAUUGACGUUGAUUAAUCAGCGUGUAACUAUCAUAUCGAAAAUUUUGAAUAAUUAAUUUUAAGAUUAUCAGUAUCAUAGAGCUAGCUGGUAAUUAGUGUUAAGAAUAUAUAAUUAAAUAAAUUAAUUAAAUUUAAUAAAUAUUAGAAGAAAAAAUUAUCUAGUCUACGUAGAAAC